GCAACAAUAUCGAUAUUGAAUACGGAACUAUUAUCUGUUUCCUUUCAAUGACAUUCGAAGUUAUUUUUGUAGUUUUCAAAGGUUUGUUUUCUAAGAAAAAUAAUAUUGAUAACAUACAUAACACCAACAUACGUAAAAAAAUAUCGUUCUUAAAUCUUCAUGGAGAUUAGCACGGGCAAAUUUAAUGAUGCACAAGAUAAAGAUGAAACAAUUUAUUAUGAGGAAAAUGAAUUAUAUAGUCCCACUGAAUUAAACGAUUUAGAAUGGUGGUCCAUCCCCGAACCAAUAUUGGUUCGAAUAUAUUGGAUGCUGCCAAUGAGUGAUUUAUUAAGCGCCGGUACUACCUGUAAACGAUGGUAUAAUAUUUUUAAUGAUGAACUCAUGUGGAAACAAAAAUUUUUGUUGCAUUAUAAAGUGGAUCCAUCUAUAAGGCUUAAACCAGGAGCUGAGUCAUGGAAAAAUGAAUAUAAACGCUUAAUAUGGAAUAUACCUUAUGUUCAGUCGCAAAGGCUUGAAGGUCACGCUCAUCAAGUGCUUCAUGUUAGUUUUUCUCACAAUGGAGAUAUGUUUUCUACAUGCUCCAAAGAUGGAUAUGUAAUUGUGUGGAAUUCCAGCCAUCCAUGUACCGAAAAAUACUCUCAUAACAUGAAACAGUUCAGUUGGAAAUAUACUCAAUAUUCACAAUUUAAUCAAAGCGACACCCUACUUCUUGUAUCAGGGGUACACUUUGGAUCACCGCAUAGCACAUCGGGUGAAAUAGCUGUGUUCACCGUAAAUGGAAAAGAAGAAUCCCGCCUACGAUGCCGCGUAGUAAAUCGGCCCUAUGAUAUAUUUGGUACAUGGUUCAGCGAUCAGUAUUUAAUAUCUGGAGAUCUGCAUUGGCUCGCACAUCUUUUAAGCUACUCUGAAUUAUGGCUUAAUAAAGCCAAUCAAGAAAUUGAUUCGGAAAAUGUACCAAUAAUGAACAAGUUAUACAAGUUUUAUAAUAGAAAUGCGAGUUCUGUACGUGCAAUAAUGAUAGCUAAAUGUCCAUGGUUAGAUGACUUAAAUGAUCCAUUGUCUAAAAACCUUGAUGUAAAUAGUUCAGAUGAAUCAUUAAUAGAUGUAGGGCCAUCAACGAGUAAUUAUGCAGGCAAUCCUAUAUCACAUGCAGCUAGAUUACGUCGAUCGAUAUGUAGCGAAACAUGCGAUGACGCCCAAGAUAUUCUAGAACAAAAUCCAUCUACUUCCAACAGAUCGUGUUCCAAAAAGAUAUCAGGGAGUGCUAACGAUACAAUUCUUUAUUUCGAUGAAUAUCGCCGUGAGAAUGCCAUUGGUAAUGAAGUUUCCUCGGAUGAGUCUGGUGACGGCAUGGAGUGUACAGAUGAUUAUGAAGAUGAAAUGGAGAACUCUGUACCAAAGUAUUUAAUUUUCUCAACCGGAUCGAAAACAUAUACCCCUCAUCAAAUAGGAAUAAAACGUAUAAGAAAUGUAAAAUUUCCUAAAAAGCUUGAUCCAGGACCUUCGCUAAAAGAAAGGAUAGCGGCAAAAAAAGCCGCAAAAACAGAGAACCAAUUACGAGCUGAUCCUGAUUGGUGGAAUUUUGAAUCCGUCGCUCAUUUAUUCGAUAAAGUAGACAAAGUAAUAGAUUUACAUGGGCAUAUCAUUGGUAUGUCACUAAGCCCUGAUCAUCGUUAUUUGUACGUUAAUACAAGACCAUGGCCAAAGAAUUACGUAAUAAAUAAUGCACUGGAACCGCCACCUAUAGCGCAGGAAAUAGAUAUUCAUGUUAUUGAUUUAAUGACAUUAAAGCUAGUGGGCAACAUGCUACGAUCUCAUAAAGCUUAUACUCCAAGCACCGAAUGUUUCUUCAUAUUUCUUGACGUAUGUGAAGACUAUGUUGGAAGUGGUGCGGAAGAUAUGCAUGCAUACCUUUGGGACCGUUAUUAUGGUAUAUGCCUUACUAAAUAUAGGCAUGCUGAUGUGGUCAAUAGCGUUGCAUUCAACCCAGCCGAUUCACAGAUGUUCGUUACAACCAGUGAUGAUUAUACUAUUAAAAUUUGGCGUUCCCGUGCGAAAGCAAAAGAAUACAAGAUCGAAUCAGAAAAUAAAACGGAAGCUUGUGAACUGAAGAAACGUUUCAUCUAACAAAUUAUGAAAUAUUAAGAGUACUUAUAUAUUUUAUAAAAAAAAAAUGUUCUUAUUGUUUUGUAAAUAUAAGACUUAUCUGACGUAUCUUCUGGACUAUCCAAAACGAGGACUACGUUGUCGAAUCGGGCACAUAAAUUCCCUUUUAAAGAAUAAAAAUAUUUUUCAGGAAGUAUUUAUUUUUAA